CACACAGUGCGCAGGCGCAGUUUGUAGGUGCCAUAGUAACCAGAGCCUACUGGCAGCUGUUAGCGCUAGAGCAGACAUCAGCGGUCAACAUGGCCAAGCCAACCACCUUGAAAGAAGCUUUAGCCAAAUGGGAAGAGAAGAGCGGGGAGAAACCAAGCGAGGCAAAAGAAGUUAAACUGUACGGUCUGAUUCCCCCUAUAGAGAAGAUGGAUAACUCUCUCAAUGCAUUGGUCUUGUGCGAGAAGCUGUCUCUGGCCACAAACGCUAUUGAGAAAAUAACCAAUCUCAAUGCUCUCAAGAACUUGAAGAUACUUUCAUUAAGCAGAAAUAAUAUAAAAAGUCUUGUAGGGUUGGAGGCGGUUGGAGACACUUUGGUGGAGUUAUGGAUUUCCUACAAUUCAAUAGACAAACUGAAAGGCAUCAGCUCCUUGCAUAAAAUGAAAGUCCUCUACAUGUCCAACAACCUUGUUAAAGAUUGGGCAGAGUUUGUGAGGCUUGCUGACCUGCCCAGCUUGGUGGACCUGGUUUUUAAUGGAAACCCGCUGCAGGAGAAGCAUUCCACAGAGGGAAGCUGGAUGGACGAAGCCUCCAAAAGGCUUCCUAAUCUAAAGAAACUAGACGGGAUUCCCAUCAUCAAGGAGUUGGACGAAUAAGAGGCAACAAGCAAAAGAAAGA